AUGUCUUCCAACAACAAUAGCAGCUUCGCAAAGCCCAAGAUCUCAGAGCUCGUCCCAAUCCUUACCGGCGAAACCAACUUCGCAACGUGGUCAACCGCACUCAAGUGCGCUCUCAACACCCGGGAUCCUCGCCUUUUCGAGAUCCUCACCGGCAAAGAGGCUCAGCCAGCCCCCGAUAAUCCAACGCUUAACGAGUGGACUCGCAAGUCUCACCUUCUUUCGUAG